UCUGCUGCCCUGUACACGUCCAGCAUGACUAAACAUGUUGUAUUAUUGCUUCUCUCUUUGCUUGCUUAUGCAGCUGUAGCAAGCACUGAAAUGCAGCGGAGCGAAGCGCAACAAUGCCAGCUCCGGAAGAUCUCUACCAGCAAACCUUCUCAUCGGAUGAGGUCCCAAGGUGGUGUGACUGAGAUUUGGGACCCGGAGGAGGACCAAUUCCAGUGUGCUGGGUUCGCUCCCAUGAGGGACACUAUACAGACUAAUUCCCUCUCUUUGCCCAAGUUCUUCCCUGUCCCUCGCUUGGUAUACAUUGCUCAAGGUAGGGGAGUAAUGGGAGUCAGCUAUCCUGGAUGCCCAGAGACGUUUCACAAAGAUCAGCAAUUUUCAAGAGGCCAAGGCCAGAAGGGAAUGUCAGGAGACCAGCACCAGAAAGUUCACAGGAUUCGCCGCGGAGAUGUCAUUGCCGUGCCAGCAGGAGCAGCCCAUUGGUGCUACAAUGAUGGUAAUGAGGAGCUCAUCGCUAUCUCUGUUCUUGAUCUUAACAACCAGGCUAACCAGCUGGACCAAAACCUUAGAGUAAUAUUUCUCUCCAUUUCCCUUCGAAGUUCCAGUAACUUUUAA